CAACGCUAAUUUUGGCUAGUAGUGCUACGAUCAAUUAUAUUAGUAAAGCGACGAGUAUACGCCACUCUUUAAAUUAAUUUAUGGGACCCACCAAGGACAUAAUAAUAGGCAGGUAAUCUGACUAGGGAAGUAUGACAGUCUGACGGCUUCGCGUAUUUAACGUUAGCUGGCUAUAAACGAUCGCAAGCCAACCGCAGUUAGCAAGCUACUAGCAACGUUAGCGGCGGUUCAUUGAUUUUAUCUACCUGAAGAGUUUCGGUACUGUGAAAUGUUGGCUUAAACGUCCGCGUGUUUUCCAGUUGACUUACAGAAAAUAUAGGUUAGGAAGUGGGGAUAAUGCAUCACAUUAAGAUCAAGACAGAGAGGCAAGAUUUAGAGGGAGCUGGUGCACGCAGCAGGUUGGAUGCUGUGCUAAAAGGACUGGUAGAGAAAAGUGAAAACGAAAGGGAGCACAAUGACGCUGAUUCUGGAAAAAUAUCAGCAGACUCAUUAAACAAGGAUUUGUCUCCAUCAUCUGCUAGCAAGAGACCAUCAGCUCGAUUUCCUCAGCACCGGAGGAAGAAGCGAAAGGAGAUGGAUGAGAGCAUACCAGAAAGCAAUCAGCAUAAACAAAAUGCAUACAUUAUUAAAUUAUUUGAUCGUAGUGUGGACCUCGCUCAGUUUAACACUACCACCCCACUGUAUCCUAUCUGCCGUGCCUGGAUGAGAAAUAAUCCUUCUGUUCGGGAGCCAGUUUCUCCAAGCCCCUCACACAGCAUGGUAGAGGAGGAGGCCCCAGACAUGAUCAAUGGUAAAGGGCAGAAUGUGUACAGACUCCCUUCCCCAUCUGCCUGUCCAGUUGGUACCUCUGGUGAACCCGUCAAUCUCAGAAUCCCACAGACUGAAAAACCCACCGUUGCCCAGUUGACAGACACGCUUCCUGUUUCGAGUCCUCUCAUAUGUGACCACAUGGAAAGAUGGAAAAAGAUCAGGCACAAAUGGAAAGAGUGCUCCAACAAGAACCAGUUAAGAUACAGCGAGAGUAUCAAGGUCCUUAAAGAGAUGAAGGACCUCUUUGACCACUAACUGACUCCAUAGAUUUCCACCGCUGAACGCACUCGAUGCAGUUAAAAUAGAGUCACUAUGUAGCAGGCGAUCUUUGUGUACUUCUGCUAACUAUACAAUUAGAGAAAUUGUUAACUUAAACCUGAAGCCUUAAAUACACAAUUUGCCCUAUGCAUUGUGGGAAUUCUAUCUAGAAUGAUUUAUAGUGUGACGUGAAAUUGUUGUUAGUCUUUGAGAUUCUGUGUAGGAUUCUGAUUAAGUAUAUUUGUUUAUUAGUACAGUUUCUGCAGGGUAAACAAAAGUGGAUCCUUAACAUUACGAUAAAAUAGACUUAUUGGGGUCAUGUUUGUUUUCUUAAUUUCUUCAUACAGUAUCAGGCAGCACAGAAGCUUCCAGACUUAGUCUAAUUAAUAUUUAUUUUUUAUGCAUAUAAUAGUUUAGAGUUCUCUUUUCUAGUUCUUCGUUCACUAGUAAAGAACCUAUUCCAGCAGAUGUUAAGAAAUAGUACUAGUGAAUGUUUUGUCCUUGUGUUUUCUGAAGAAGCUUUAGUUAACAGGGUGUGUGUUGCUCUGUUGGAAGCACAAUGACACAUUUCCUAAGAAACUAAGGUCAAAAUGCUGACUGAAGGGACUCUAUUCUGACUCAGUGGUGUAGGUCUAUUAGCACUUUUUAUUUUAUCCUGCUGCAAUAAUGAGAAAUAUGUUCUGCUCAAUGAUAACUUUAGUAAGUUCACACCUGUAUUACCAAAGUCCCAGAAUAAGUUUGUUCAAUAGAAAACUGAAAUAGCUUAAGAACUAAUAAAUACUUGUGUUAAACAGAA